GUGAAAUCAAAGAUGUCGGCUGUUCACAGUGUUGUGUUUGGAGACGGUUAGAUAGCCCUAUGAAGUCAAUUAAAAAAGAUAAAACACAUCCAACCAUGACGGAACUCUGAGGACUUAUAAACAAGCAUGGCAGGAGUUAACGUAGGGAUGGAAUCGAUGAGUAACAGGGUUUAUCCCACUCAUUCGUCGUCUCGUGAUACUGAGACAUGGACACAGAACACUGGUGGGGGGCGAAUGUCCAAGUCACAUACCCCCGAGACCUACGCUAAAGUCCAAAACAACCUUACCAUGGAGGAGGUGCGUUGGUCAGAAAUGAGAAAGAAGAUACCAGGAAUGGGUCGUGUACCUCGGACCAAGUUCUACCAUGAAGAAGAUGGGUUUGAAAGGGCCAGACAAGAAAACAAUUUCUUCAUCAGGACACACUUCAAACAAAAAGAAUGUUAUAGAUUUGUACCAGCUAAAAAGGGCCAACUUCCUGUGGUCAAAAAGGUCCGGGAUAUGAGAUGUGAGUGUGGAGAGGUGCUUCUCCACCAUCAUGGUAUGCAGGGCCCCACACCCACCUCACAGGCAGACCGUGUUAUGGUGGAGAGCUACUUGGUGCCCGAUGAACUAAAGCCCUAUGUCACUGUAGAAAAAGGCAACAAUGACAUACCGAACACGAAGGAUCUUCCAUCUGUCAGCUGGAAUGCUGAAACUGCAAUACGAUCAAGUGCAACAACUUCAUUUGGAAAGAUUAGCUUUGUCAAUGUGGAUGCAAUGGGAGGACAAAAGCCAGCCAAGUAUGUGAGACUGGCACCAGAAGACUCUAUAGACCACCUGAUUGAGCUGAUGGAUGUCCACUGGAAGAUCAAUGAGCCAAAGCGUCCCAAUUUAGUCAUAUCAGUGGUUGGAGGGGCAAAAAACUGUAAACUAGAUGGACACAUUCGGGAGAAGUUUUCUACUGGAUUAAUAAAAGCUGCCAAGACAACUGAUGCCUGGCUGAUCACGUCCGGGUUUAACAUGGGUGUGAUGAAGUAUGUUGGAAUGGCUGUCAAAGAUGGUCAGUCAUUCACCUGGAAUAAUGAUAGAAUGGCGCAUGUCCUCCGCUGUAUAGGUAUUGCACCUUGGGGCUACGUCAAUCAUCGCCAGGUGUUGGAGAGUCCUGACGGCCAGGGCCUCUACAAUGCAGAGUACAAGACAAGCAACAUCAUUCUGCAUGGUCAGCCUGUCCCCCUGAAUGCCAACCACACACACUUUAUCUUUGUGGACGAUGGCUUGCGCAACAGAUACGGAGGCGUUGCCGCAUUUCGUGCCAAGUUUGAAAACAGAGUUCAGCAACCAAGAGAAGAGGGAGGUCUGGGCAUACCUGUCGUGUUGGUUGUGGUAGAGGGUGGUACAGACGCUAUUGAUGAUGCCAACAAUUCGCUGCAGCAGAACAUCCCAGUGGUUGUGUGUGCCGGGACCGGUCGAGCAGCAGAUAUCCUCAGCUACGCUUACCAACAUUAUACAGGGAAAUUGACAAAAGAGCAUAAAUUGCGAAGAAAAAUUCAGGAAGCUUAUGGAACAAAAUGGUCAGAGGAGGAAAAAGAAGCUAAAACAGAACCAAUUCUGGAAAAGAUAAAAUCUUGUCUGAAGAAGAAAGAUUUGAUGGUCAAUUUUAGCAUGAAUAAGAAUGAAGAUUUAGAUCUGGCAAUCCUGUCCUGCUUGUUAAAAGCCAAAUCGGGAGAAGCAACUGAGAAGGAGCGCCUGAACCAGCUUCGUCUGGCCCUGACCUGGGACCGAGUGGACAUCGCCCAGGAAGACAUAUUUCGUGAGGAUUGUAUAUGGCCGCCAGGGAGUCUGGACAAUAUUCUAAUGGAUGCCAUCUUGAUGGAGCGUGUGGAGUUUGUACACCUCAUCCUCCAGCAAGGAGUGGUGAUGAAAGAGUUCCUCACCAAGGGCCGACUGACGCAACUUUACCAGAAGGCCUUGUCAACAAAGAAAGCGGAUACUGUUCACCUUAAAAGGAUUGCAGUGAGGCACGGUCUACAAAGGAAUGACGAGAACUUCAGCAUCAAAACGGUCAAGAUGUUGAUGGAAAAGCUCAUGGACAAAUACGAUGAGAAAUUUCAGGACCUUCCAUUGCACGAAAGUCAGGCAGAUGAAAAGAAGCAAUGUACAUAUCCCUACAAGGAAAUCCUCAUUUGGUCAUCCCUCCUCCUCAAACAGAAGAUGGCUAAGUUUGCGUGGGAGAUGGGCGGAGAGCCGGUAACUUCAGCCGUAGCUGUCUCGCGUAUCUAUGGUAGUAUGGCUACGUAUAUAAACCGCAACGAACAGGCCAUCAAGGACAGGAUUCUAAAGUACAAAGAUGAGUUUGAGAAAUUGGCUGUGGAGGUGUUAGAUGAGUGCCAUGCUAAGGAUCAUGAGAAGGCCAUGAUGUUAGUGGAGCGCUGCUCUCCUACCUGGAGUGACAUGAGCAGUUUAUCUAUGGCUGCUUCAGCUUUUGAUCGGGCGUACUUGGCAUCUGUCGCUUGUCAGAACUCUAUUAGUAUCACAUGGAAACGAGGCAUUGUAUCACCGUGGCAACGGGUUGUUCCUGUUGUGUUGUUUCCCCUUCUGUUGAUGUUUCCACGAAUCUUGGAAAUCCAUCUGCUGGGAGAAGAAUCUCUAACUUUCUUACACAGAGUGACAACAUUCUUCACAGCUCCUAUUACUAAAUUUGCCUAUUUUUCGCUGAUGUACAUCGCGUUCCUGGUGCUCUUUACCUACAUGCUGCUGGUGGACUUUGAGGCCCACAGAGUCACUCCCAUAGAGUGUGUAUGUGUGGCCUGGAUCUUCACAUUCAUGGUCGAUGACAUUUACACGUUGUUGACGUUUCCAUCGCCCACGUUUUAUGGGAAGUUACGUGACUGGUACGGAUUCCUCAAGUGGCUGGAUCUUAUCAACUUUAUCUUGGCUUUUAUUGCCUUCAUCAUCCACUUCAGGGAGGACUACUUCGAGGUGACCAAGAUAAUGUACUGUAUCAAUGGCGUCAUCUUGUACAUCAGAAUCCUCAAGACCUACACAGCCAACGCAAACCUGGGGCCCAAGAUGGUGAUGAUUCAACGCAUGAUGGCAGAACUGAAGAUGUUUGUGAUGGUACUGUUGGUAUUCCUACUGGCUUACGGGAUUUCUAGCCAGGCCUUACUGUACAAACAGCGACGUCCUAGCUGGAGUAUCCUCAAGGAUAUGUUCUACUUCCCCUACUGGCAGCUGUUCGGUGAAAUCUUUCUGGAUGACCUCAACACGGACACAGAUUGUUUGGAAGCUGCUCGUCGAAUCAAUGAUACAGCACUGGCCGCUACAGAGGAGUUGUACUGUCUACAAAACCAUUGGCUUGUUUACUUCCUCCUGGCCGCCUACCUCAUGGUGGGAAACGUUCUCCUCCUCAACCUCCUCAUAGCCAUAUUCAGUCAUGUGUUUGACACAAUUGAGGAAAACUCCAUCGAGAUCUGGAAAUACCAGAUGUACUUCCUUACUAUGGAGUUUGAUAACAAGACAGCGUUUGUGCCGCCGUUCAGCAUCUUCGCCCACUUCUACCUCACAUUUAAGUGGAUAUUCCGUAAAACUUGCUGUCGCAAGGGCACGAAAGGUGUACAAUUCUCAAAGCGUCACUUAGAAUACCUUCAGUUGUUUGAGAAGGAGGAGAUGACAAACCUGCUACGCAGGAAGAAGGCCAGUGAGAAGGAGACUAUUGAAACCAAGAUUAGUCUGCUCCAGAAGAGAAAUGAAGAGCUGUUCAAGGUGUUAGAGGAGGACUUCUUCCCUGAGCUUGGAGGAGUCGAGGAUCACCAUAAACAUUACUUGGAAACAACAUUUUUCAACCAACAAGAAGUUGCAAAAGCACCAGAGUUAGUCAAAGAGGAAACAAAAGAAACAAUCGUUCUCACCGAGCAGGUGGAAGAUGAAGAAACUAAAAAGAAAAAGAAGAAGAAGUUAAAAAAGGAAAAGAAGGAGAAGAAAAAGAAGGAAAAAGAAGAAAGGCUUGAACUCAAUAAUUUUGACAAUCCUGUCUUUAAGCAUGAAAUCACACCAGAUAAAUCGUUACAGUUUUCGCCACAUCUAGAUGUUGUUUCUCAGUCUCAAGUGUCUCAUAUUUCUCCUGUAAGGAAAAGCUCUCUAGAAAGUCCAAAGCGCCCCGGACUGUACCGUCGCAUAUCAAAUAGGUCAUACUGUAGAGACAUACAGGAUAUUGAUUCCUCUGAUGAGGAUGUGAUGCGUACCAGUGGCCAUUUUGGAAUGCAAAAAGCAUUGAACGUUCCAUCAGGUCAUUUGUCAUUGAGAAGAAGUUUAUCAAGAGACUCGACUGAUUCAGAGGAGAAUAACACGAGAGCUGCGUCACCUCGAAUGUUCACACGGAUGGCGAGGGAAAGCAGCACUGAGGAUGAAAGGAAGAAACACAAAAAGAAGAGGAAGAAGCCAAUGAAGAAAAUGAUCUCGGAUACUGAUUAAUUUAACUUGUUGUUUAGAAGUAUGCCGUCCUGCGCCUGUGACUUUAUAUAUACUCUGAACAAGAUACUGUGAUACUUCUACAUCUUAUUCAUUCUACAUACAUUUUACACGUUACAGCGCAUUUUGUACAUAUUUAUGUAAUAUUUUGUAUUACGUGUUUAAUGUUUAUAUGUCAAACUUUGUACU